AUGGAUGGGUACUUUAGAAGAGUAUGGGGGAAACUUGGAAUUAACAAAAUAGCUAUGGUGGGCAAAGGCUUAUUCAUUGUGAGAUUUGAUUCACUGGAAUCAUGUCUUAAGGUGACGACGAGUGGAUUCAUGUUUUUUGAUCAAAAACCUUUGAUCACUAAGCUUUGGGACCCAGAUAUGUCUAUGGAUAAGGAUAAUGUGUCGACUGUGCCUAUUUUGAUCAAGCUCCCUCAGCUUCCUUUCAAAUACUGGGGGGAGAGAAGUUUGUUUAAAAUAGCUGGUAUGGUGGGGACUGUUGUUAAAAUGGAUCAAGCAACCAAAGGGAAGGAGAAACUGAGUUUUGUUAGAGUUAUGGUGGAAGUAGGGAUAAAUGAUGCUCUGCCGGAUAGUAUUGCAUUCUGUAAUCAACAUGGGAAUAGGAUGGAACAAAAAGUUGAAUAUGAAUGGAGACCCAUUCAAUGUACCCAGUGCAAGGGCUUUGGGCAUGAAUUGGAGGCUUGCAGGAAUAAAGGAGGAAAGAAAAUAUGGGUCAAGAAAGGUGAAGUAGUGAAGGAUAAAGAUGGAUUCCAGCAGAUAGGGGUGAGAAAUAAAAGUGUGAGGUAA